AUGCUCCCACAGGUUCUCUUCGCCGGCGUGGCUGCCCUCGUCGCCUCGACCUCUGCCCAGUCGAAUUCCAGUCAGAUACUGGUGGUUGAUCAGAAGAGUUUCAAUGUUUUGACGCCUGUCCCUCCUACUUCGCAAUCUAAUCUUACAACGAUUUUUGUCCCUCCCGGCGUCACACUGCAAGAAGCCCUUGCGAAGCCCUUCCACGUCUAUGAUGAAGCCUUCCUAGAUAUCAUUGGGACAAACCCCACCUUGACACUGAUAGCGAGCACCAACAGCAACCCUCUCUUCCAUGAGGCUGUCGUCUGGUAUGUGUACAGUUUCGUUCAAAACGCCGGAGCAACAGCCGCUGGAACUGGUCUGCAGAAGUCGAAUAUCAUACAAAAGAUCGCCUUGAGCCAGGCUGCGGCUGUUUCGUCCCUGCGGAACGCGAGUGGCCAGGUGGAUGUCGUGACUGUUAAUGCUACACCUCCGGUGGUGAAUGCGAACGGGGCGACUCAGUAUCGAGGCCAGCUUGUCUUUACUGGGGAAGGACAGGGCAACAACACGGCUCCUGCAUUGUACGUCGUGAACCCACGGCCUCCCUACAACACGACCGUCCUCGUGAACAACUACUUCGGCCGGCAAUGGAAUUCUCUCAAUGAUGUAGCGGUCAAUCCUCUGAACAGCGACGUGUAUUUCACCGACACUCUAUACGGCUACCUGCAAGACUUCCGCCCUUCGCCGGCAAUCCCAAACCAGGUGUACAGGUUCACACCUUCCACGGGAGCUGUGUCGGUGGUAGCCGAUGGAUUCGAUUUGCCAAAUGGCAUCACAUUCUCCCCCAAUGGGUCGUACGCGUACGUGACCGACACGGGUGCUCAGUAUUCCUUCUUUGGAUACAACAUGACCGCGCCAUCCACAAUCUAUCAAUUCACCGUCCUGCCCGACGGGACAUUCGGCGACCGCAAACUCUUCGCCUACUCGAGCGUAGGCAUCCCGGACGGGAUCCACUGCGACACCAACGGCAACGUCUACUCGGGCACUGGCGACGGCGUGCACGUGUGGGACCCCUCGGGAAAGUUGCUCGGCAAGAUCUUCUUGGGCACGACGUCGGCAAACUUCAACUUCGCGGGUAAAGGGCGCAUGGUCAUCUGUGCGGAGACGGAGCUCUUCUACGCUACAUUGGCGGCCGAUGCCGAGGGCGCGGUCGUGUCGAGUCAGCUCCCGCCGCCGUCCUAA